AGUGCGGACCUCUUCACUAGUAGCCUGCCGCGUAGCAGUAGGUACUGUUAUUGAUUGAAAUCAGAUUUGUUGAUAUCCGUCCAGCUGGUUUGCGUAACUAGUGUUUGUGCAGUUUGUGACAACAUGCCACUAAGGUAGGGCACGAUUUGAAUACCUAAAUAAACCGCAUAGGCACAUUCGAAAUAAAUCAGUAGUGCAUCGCAUCGCGAAUCUAGCUCUGGGUCAAUGCAGUAUGCAACUAUCCGAGAUUAUGACGGAAGCGGAAACCGGAAGGUACUAGGCAAGCAAACAAACUUACUGAUAUAGUUCGAAAGUGGUUUACAAUUUAAAGAGUGGUUAACGUUUUGCUGAAGGCAAAAAUUCGCCAAACUUUUUGAAUCAAUCUCAAGGUGAAGUGUGAACGAGUGUCGAAUAUGAAAUAUAUGUUCAUUCAAACAACUGUCGUCGAAGAACGUUCGGUAUGUUCCCCGGUGUGGGACUGUGCAUCGUUUUCAGAUAAGGAUUUGUGUGUCUCGAUAUACGUGCAUGCGUCGCGCCAGUACAGUUACCGGCAAUGUGACUGGAAUAAUUGGAGCUAAGUAUUCGAAAUUCAGUAAAUCGAUUGGUCGGGGUGGUCAGAUACGCCUUGGAGCGCUUUUAAAUGUGGCCCCCUCGGAAGGGAAAGCAGCUGAAUCGUAGUGGCGGAUCUCAAAACAAAGCCAUCGGCCGUUUGGCAAAGAAGAAAGUACCCGUAGUUAGUUAAAAUUUUCACGACCGCUACACCUGGCUGGACGAUUGUUUGUCGCCAUGUCAAUUGAAGUGACCAACAUGGCUCAGUUUAGUUGACGCGGUUCUAAGCUUGGCAGCACACCUGGCCACACCGUAUGGGGGAUGUGCCAUCAAUUAACACGAACGAAUUAGUGCAAGUGUCAUGGUUUAGCGAACAAUGUGCGUACAGCGUUGAUUUAUGUGUUGAAAUAGGUAUUUGGAUAUAAAAUGGAUUCUAGGCAUUGUACGAAUCUGCAAACAAGACUGAUAAUUCUAACAGUAUCUCUUCUUCUGGCGGGUGCUACAAACGCCAUCCCAGUUAUAAGCCGCGAGUCACGCAGUAGCUUCACUAUCGGCUCCUGCACCUGGGUAAUCGACCGACCAUGCCCGGAUGACGAUGUAAAGUUCUACCUAUAUACGCGGUCCAACCCCGAAGACCGUCAGUAUGUACACAUCGACGAAAGCUUGGAAAAGUCAAAUCUCAGCACUUCGUACUUCAAUCCGUCGCUGCAGACAAAAAUCAUCAUUCAUGGUUAUAAUGCGGACAUGUUUCUUGCGCCCUUAAUCAACAUGAAACAAGAAUACCUUGAUCGCGGUAGCUACAAUCUGUUUUAUGUCGACUGGAGUUUGUUGGGCCCUGGUCCGUGCUAUCCAUCUGCAGUACACAACACCCGCCACGUGGGAACCUGCAUUGCGCAGAUGGUGCAGCGGUUGUUGGAUUCGGGAACGAAUAACAUUCAUCUUGUUGGGUUCUCACUGGGCGCUCAGGUGACAAACUAUGUGGCCGUCAAACUUCGACCAUUCAAACUCAAACGAAUAAGUGGUCUAGAUCCGGCUAUGCCUCUAUUCAUCACGGCCGACGCAGAUGAUAAACUUGACCCCUCGGAUGCGGACUUCGUUGAUGUGAUACAUACGAAUGCUUUAGUUCAGGGAAAAAUAGAGCGAUGUGGGCAUGUCGACUUCUACAUGAACGGAGGCAUUAUUCAACCGGGUUGUUGGGCAAUUGGACAAAACCCUAUGGCAUGCAGUCAUCAUAGAGCUCCAGACUAUUUUGCGGAAUCAAUUCGUAGCCUUUCCGGCUUCUGGGGUUGGAAGUGCAAUAGUUAUAUCUAUUAUCUAUUAGGAUUCUGUCCCCACAACAACUACCAGGUGAUGGCCGGUGAAGAUUGCAUCGCUGGAACGGAGGGAAUGUACAUGGUGACAACGAAUUCCGAUUCUCCGUUUGCCAUCGGCAGGUGGACCGAUACUGUUGGUCUGCAGAAAAAAGACCAAGUGCUCAAUAAGUUUGGUCUUAAUCGGGAUCCGUUCAUAAGCGACAUAGACCAGUGGGGCAAAUUGGAUAGUAAUUUCAACAACGUGGAACAUUUCCCAACCCCGUAUUCCCAGGAUCCGAACAAUGCCAACGGUGAAGAUUGGCCUUAUUUCAAUCACAUCGGCACCAAUAAGCUGACCAAAGACUACAUUAAGAAAAUUUUAGAACAGGAUAAAAAUCGGUACGACGAUUCGGGGGCGGCAACGAAACAAGCUUCAACGCCAAGUAUCAUAAGUAAUGAUGUUGACCAGAAUAAAAAUGGCCUGAACGACCUGAGGAGGCGCCUUCAACUGAAGGAAGCUAGUAUUUCGGAACAUUACACGUUACCAAUAUUUAACACACAAUAAAACAGUCCGGG